ACCGCCGCGCACUCUGUCCUUCAGCCGGGUACUGGAAGGAGAAAGCUUGCCGCUUAGGUCCUAUCGGGUUGUGGUGUUUUGUUUUGUAGAUGGAGGUCUGAGGCUAGGCCUCAAGUGGAAACGGUGUCACCAUGAUGGACGGACGGCCGGGCCGAGUGCCCCUACAGUUCCUACCAGAUGAGGCUCGGAGUUUGCCUCCGCCCAAGCUGACCGACCCGCGGCUUCUCUACAUGGGCUUCAUGGGCUACUGUGCAGGCUUACUUGAUAAUGGGCUCCGGCGGAGGCCGCCACUGACCGCGGGUGUGCAUCGCCAGCUUCUAUAUGUGACUUCAUUUAUGUUUAUUGGGUAUUACCUUCUAAAACGGCAAGACUAUAUGUAUGCCAUAAGAGAUCAUGACAUGUUUGCAUAUAUGAAAUCACAUCCAGAGGAUUUUCCUGAAAAAGAUAAGAAAACUUACAGUGAAAUUCAUGAAGAAUUCCAUCCAAUUCACUGAAGUCUUCAGAACACUUCCAUUUAAUUGAGACCUGUUAUUUCUGAAUUUUAUGGAGUAUGUUUCUUUGACUGAAGUUGAUGUUAGUCUCUAUGCUACAAUUAAAAUGAUUAUUAUGA